CGAUGUUGGUCGGCCGCCGGUGGCUUUACUUUCCUCGUUUCAUCGGCAGAGUUCAGGACAACGCAGUCAACUUGUGAGGAUACACCUCUCCUUGCUACGAUUUCCACAUUUUGCGAGCCGAAUGCUGUGGCAACAUUUCGUGGUGUGGCGGCUCCUCAAUCGCUUGAGCAGCAGCGCCCAUGCCGCCAAUACCGAGUCGUCGUUAAUGUGCAUCGCCUUGCCACACAAUCGUGUUUUCCUCAGAUCGAUCGACAACUUCAAGCCAUGUUACCACGACGCUCGUCUUUGGGUUGCCAAUUUCAACCAGGUUUUCGUAUCGCCCUUCGAAGAGACGUGUGCGUGGUCAUGGAGGUCUCAUGGUCGUAUAGUUCUCGUUCGUGCUGGUGCCGGACGACUGUCAGUUGCUCAACUGCCCGUGUUCGAGAAUGCAUAUACCUUCCGUUGACAUCUCCUAAAGGCUCAAGGCUCAAGACCAGACAAAGACAUGAAUUCAUUCAAGACCAUCGACCUCGCUUUGGGACUACGAACUAACACA